AUGGACAACUCGGACGACUACUUUGACGAUGACGACUUUAUCUUGGACGAAGAGACAGCGGCUGCCCUCGACGAGUCGGAGCGUCGAUAUGCAACGCAGGCACCACCAAAGCAGGCACCUCCACCUCCUCCGAGGCCAGUCCACGUUCAGCCAGUAACAAAAAGACAGAGGACGAAUACAGGAUGGACACCUGGAUUUGGCGCGCGUACAGAGUCUCUAACAGACAUGGACCUCCCCGAUAUUACGAUCCAAGGGAAUGGCUAUGCAAUCUCGAAUUCGAAUUCGUCAGGUGCCGGUAACACGUCCUACAACGUCCAGCAACAGCCUGCAGCUGCUACUCGUCGAACAGAACAGAACUUUCAAUACCAGCGACAUCAAGAAACACGACAAACUCCAAAUCCUGCUGUGCCGUAUCGCCCGCCUGUGACGAGACCAUUGCCUCCUCAGAGAAAUGGGUACUCAAACCAUCGUGCGGCCACUCCAGUAGCUCAAGGUUUCUCGCGGGCUGGGGACGCGUCCUUUGUAAAUGCAAGACCCGCAGUCCCCACUCCAAAUCCAUUAGAGGUGGAGAUGCGACAACUUCAGGCUAAAUUAGAAGAGUUGCGGAAAUCGAAUGAGAAGAUGCAGGCUGAAUUGAAUCAUGCGAUAGAAUCUAAAAUGGCGAAGGAAGGGGAGGUAACUAUCCUCCGGAAGACAAUCGAGAAGAAUGCGCAAAAUCAUGCUGGAGAGCUGGCCAGACUCAAAGCGGCGAAGGAGGAAGCAGAUGCACAGAUACUUCGGGCCCAGAAGGCCAAACAGGAGGAAGUGGAACGCCUAAAGACCCAGUUCAUGUUCAAGCAACAAGAAAUGGAGGCCAACCUUCGCAAACCGCCAGGUUCUGUAAGGUCGAAGAAUAUGAAGGUAUCACGCGAAUUACCGGCCACACCUCAGGCUUCUUCCUCCCGAGGGACAUGGAACAUCGCGUCCCAACGCCCUGCAUUCAAUCUCGAUGUCCAGCAGACACCAAGUAGACGAUUGAGCUCGCAGGCAUGGCCUCCCGAUCCCCCCAGGUUUCCCUCUCCCAAAAAACAGCUGUUUAAAUCUCCAGAAAAGCCCAAACCAAAGCUACCGGGAUUCCAGAAUGCUUUCGCUGCUACAUCGACACCAGCACCUUUGAACCAGAGAAAGGGAAAGGUGCCAGAACACUUCGACGUGCCUAUGUUUAGUCAACCACCGCCUACAAUACAGCCAUCGGCCCAGCCAUUUCUGAAUGUGUCUCAAAAACACGAACCGAGCCUUGAGAUACCCAUGGCCUCUCCAGUGAGACGAAAACCUGCCCCACCACCUCCUCCACCAGAGAAGCCCGAUGUCUUUGCUGGAAGUUCUGUCGAUCAGGAUGGCGACGUCCCCAUGGAUAUGGACGAAGAUGUGUUCAAUCCUGACGACUUUGAAGACGUACCUCCGGAGAUCUUGCCGCCCUUUAACUGGAAAGCGGAGCUUUCUCGAAUCAUGCUCACCCAUCUCCUCAGUGCCAACGUAGAGGACGAGAAUAACCCUGACCGACAUGGCCUCUAUAUUAGAGCGUAUAGUUCCAUGAUCAACGUGCUGUCGUAUCCAACCAACAUGGAUGACUUCGAACAAACCCUCGAUAUCGUCUGUUCAGCGUGUCUUACCAUGGCCCAAGUCCUCUCUUCUUGCAGCCUUGUUACUCCCCUUGCUAGUCUAUUCAGCUUGCUAGAAGCUGUAACAUGGCAUGUUCCUAUGUCCCGUUCGCGGUUCUGCCGUCAAGACAGUCCUGAGACACCCAACACAUUCGACGUUGUAACCUCUGUGAUCGCGACACACUUGACUUCAGCCAAAACCAACGCCGACGCUCAAAACCUCACCGUUGGCAUCGAACUUGCAGGAUUCCUUGAAACUCUGGCCAUCGACACUUCUGAAGACGGAAUCCUGAGAUUUGAGAAGUUGCUGGGUGUAGAGCAGUAUAUCUUGACCUUGUUGGAUCCAUCGCAACCUCUAUCAUUACUUGCGAAAGCAACGCAAGUGGUUGCACUGCUCGCCACCCACCCCACACUCCACCGGGCUCUUCUCUCGAUAUACGAACGUCAACAAGGUGGCAGCGAAUCGACGAGGAGGUCAAGGGUUAUCUUGGAACGGAUGUGUAGCUUCCUGCUCGAUCACAAUAUCGAACGAGGCCCAGAGUGUCAGGAAGUGCGAAUAAAUGUUAUUGCGUUCCUUUCCCAAUUGACAAUGCAACCGGAAUCAUUGGGCGUCCUGACAUCAUCUCCGAUCCCCGUCCCUUCACUCGUAUGCCAUCUCUAUAAAGUAGCCUCCCCACUUUACGAAGAAGACCAGUCUAAGAACGAAAACUGCUCCUCGACGGUCAUGUUCCUAGGCCAAUCUGUCUUCCUCCUCAACUACAUCAUAACCGCCGAUCCCAGUUUCAACCUGCGCCACAAACUACAACACGCUCCCCCUCGGCCAUUCAACAGCGUCUUGCAAAUGUUUGUCGUCACCUUCGGGCGGCUUGCUUACUCAACUGCCCCGGAAUGGUUCAACGAACAUGACAGGACGUUUUUAUCCAAUCUAGCUGAAAUGGCAGUGUCGAUCUUUGAAGCUGUGGUAGAUGGCCCGGAGGGAGAUGGAGUGUGGUCGACAUUUCAAGAAGGGUCUUUCCAUGAUGUUCCCGACUCUGAGGAUGAGGCGGAGAUGGAAGCUGAAUUAUCAUGA